CCAACCCCACAUGACUCUGCCUAAGCCAUUCUCUUCUCAAUUUCUCAUCAUCAUAAAUCAUAAAUAAAUAGAUACCCACACCCUUUUCUUUAUUCACACAUACACACAUAACACAACCUUCUUAACUUCUCAAUUGUCACACCAAAAAACCUUAACAAUGGCUUUAAGAAAAUCAACUAAACUUCCUCAAACAGCACUGAUCAAACAAAUCCUUAAAAGAUGUUCAAGUUUAGGGAAGAAAGAUGAUCCUUGUAUGGAUGUUCCAAAAGGUCACUUUGUUGUAUAUGUUGGUGAAAACAGAAGCAGGUACAUUGUUCCAAUUUCAUUUCUAAGUAGACCAGAGUUUCAAAACCUUUUACAUCAAGCUGAAGAAGAGUUUGGAUUUGAUCAUGAUAUGGGUCUUACUAUUCCUUGCCAACAACAUGUUUUUGAGUCUCUUACUUCCAUGCUUCAAAGAUAGAUUGAUUCAAAGAUCACUUUCCAUUUUCAGUUUUUCUUUUUUGAGGGAGAGAAAGAAAAUAUCAAAGAUGAAGCUGCUUCAUGCUUCUCUUUAAUUUCUUUAUUUUUUUCUCUCCUUUUUAUUUAUAUAUAUUAUUUAUAUUAAUAUUAAUAUUAGUGUAUUUAUGUAUGUAUGUACGAGGUUCGUAUUUUAGUGAGACUCCAACCUCAAGAAAUUUCCCCAAGAAUGAAUCUUUGUGGGUUUAGAUUGUAAAUCUAGUUUGGUAGAAAUUAAUUAAUUAAGCACCAAUUUUUCCGGCAGAUUAUGUACCGAGGUUUGUACUUUGUACCCUGUGUUACCUUGGAGAACUAAUUUAAAAGGAUAUAUUUUUAUUUCUUCCUA